CAGUAGAGUUGGGGUUAGUGCCGGGUUGAAUUCUAAGCAUCCUCGAGAACUGAAGCUGUGAAGCAGGAAUCGAGAGGGAGAAGGAAAGAUGAUAGAGGUGGUAUUGAACGAUAGACUGGGGAAGAAAGUCCGAGUAAAAUGCAACGAGGACGACACCAUCGGUGACCUCAAGAAGUUGGUUGCUGCACAUACCGGAACCCGACCCGAAAAGAUCCGGAUUCAGAAAUGGUACACCAUUUACAAAGACCAUAUCACCCUUAAGGAUUAUGAGAUCCACGACGGAAUGGGCCUCGAGCUCUAUUACAACUAAAUUCCCUUGGUUUUGUAUAUCCAUCUAAAACAAGGAAAAUGGAUUUGGAAGUUAGCUAUUUUCUGAGAAUUGAGAGAUGCAUGGCAUGCUUGAUGAAGGCUCGCUACUGGUUUUCUUUCCUUAUGUAAUAUGCCCAUGAACUUCACCAUGUUCUUCUCUGGUGUCUGGAUAUUCCUGACUCUAUAUACUUGGUUAAACUAUGGAUAUGCAGUACGCGGUUGUCUAUAACUGAUGA